AUGACUGCGUUGAUGAAUGGAAAUCGGAACCGAGCUUUUAAGAUGUCACUUUCUGAGAACCCCCCAGAAUCAAUGCAUGACCUAUUGAAAAAGGGAGACAAGUAUGUUGAUGCUGAGGAGGCGGAGAAGGUCACAAAGAACCUCAAAGAAGGAUGGGAAGUAGAAAGUCACAAGCGCAAGGCGAGGGAUGAGCUAAGACCUGCCAACCAAAAUAGGCCAAUGAGUGAGCAGAUGGUGAAAAAGGCAUCCCAAUAUCGGCCAGCCAGGCACAAACGAGAGGAGUCCAGGGCAUUCACCCCUUUGAACACCCCACGUGCCAAACUAUUGGUGGAAAUACGAGACAUGAAAAAGCUAGAAUGGUCGAGACCCAUGGUAACGCUUGUGGGCAAAAGAAACCAAGGCAGAUAUUAUCAUUUUCACAACGAUCACGGGCAUGAUACUGAAGAGUGCUUGCAACUGAAGGAGGAGAUCGAGCCCCUUCUAGGGUGGGGUCUCUUGGGCAAGUAUGUGAAGGACAACCGGGGAAAGAGGGUUAGUAUGAGGGGGAGAUUCACACUCGGCAAGGAAAAACUACGCCCGCACUCUCGAGAUCUGCUCUAUCCAAAAGAAGGCAAGGUUCAACCAGAGCAUUUUGGUGAGGAAGACUUGGUAGGCGUGGCACACCCCCAUGAUGAUGCCCUAGUAAUAGUAGGCGACAUAGCUGAUUUUGACGUCAAAAAAGUAUUGGUCGACGGGGGAAGUGCCGCAAAUGUACUCACCUGUGACGCUUUUUUAGGCCUAAGGGUCCCACCUGACAAGUUAAAAAUCGUGAACACCCGCUUGCAAGGCUUUGGAGGAGCCACGGUGAUCCCAGAAGGUACUGUGGAGCUCCCGGUCAUGCGAGGCACAUAUCCAACCAUUGUGGUAAUUAUGGUGAGCUUUUUGGUGGUUAAGACUCCCAUAGCCUAUAAUGCAAUUUACGGUCGGCCGUUACUCAACACGGCUGAGGUCAUCCCCUCGACCUAUCACCAGGUCCUGAAAUUCCCAACCAGCAGGGGAGUUGGGUGUGUGUGA